AAUGUAUGUUGCUCUUCAUGUGAAGCAACCUAAAAGGGUAAUCCAACUCUGUAUAGAAAGAGAAACUAAACUAACAAGAAGAAACCCCAUUACCUCUCCUCUUUUGGCUCACCUAUUUUGCUUCACAAUUGAGAGUUUGGUUGUGUCAGGGUGAGUGGGUGUAUGGGUAGCUCAAGCUCAAAGGGGGUGUUGUUGUUGUAGUCAUAGUGUGUAAAGAGACCUGGCAUGGUAUUGUCUUCUUGCCCCUUUUGUUAGCUGCCAUCACUGUAAUGUUCUUCUACUUCCAAGAUUUGGGUUCUCAUGUAGAAAUUUCAAGUACCACCUGAAAAUUUUACCAGAUCUCUCAAGAACAACAACUGUCCUAUCUGCUUUGACAUGGGAACUUUGGCACCUGAACCUGAGGUCACAUGCUCGAAAAAGUACUUAGCAUUGGGUCUGAAGAUAUCUGGCAAGGAAAAAUCAGGAAAACCCAGAGUUCUAUCACUUCUUUCAACACUUCUUGAGAGGUCUGUUCAAAAUAAUGAAAGCUUAUUAGAAAGUUCACAAAGUGAAGAUGUGAUCACAAUAUUUCAUGGAUCAAGAGCCCCCUCUCUCAAUAUUGAACAGUACUUGGAUCGCAUUUAUAAGUAUUCAUGUUGCAGCCCUUCAUGCUUUGUGGUCGCACACAUAUACAUGGAGAAAUUCAUUGAAUGCACUAGUGCUCAUUUAACUUCCCUCAAUGUUCACCGACUACUUAUCACAAGUGUGAUGGUGGCAGCAAAAUUCAUCGAUGAUGCAUUCUAUAACAAUGCAUACUAUGCAAGGGUAGGUGGUGUAACCACUAAAGAGUUGAAUAAGCUGGAGAUGAAAUUCUUGUUUGGAUUGGAUUUUCAACUUCAUGUAAAUGUCCCGACAUUCGGAAGCUAUUGUUCUCUCAUAGAGAAGGAAGGCACUGUAGGUCUCCAGAUCGAGCGCUCAAUUCAGGCAUGUAGAAUCAGUGAGAGCUGGUCAAACAAAGACGAUUCCAAAUGCGCACAGAUUGCAAGAUGAGGUUUUACAAUGGUGAAUAUAUCAUUGCAAAGUUGAUAUACCCUUCAGACAUGGAAGAAACUGAAAUGCUGGGUUUUGUACUAUAAUGUCUAGGUAGGAAAAAGUCAUAGCAGUGUGAUACACUUUUUUUUUUUUUUACAUAUUUUUGUCUUGUGCAGAUUUUCUUUACUGUACUAGUGUAGCUCCCAGGAACCCUGGUAUCAUUCUUUUUCAUGUUCUGCGAAGUUCCCCGCGGAUGUUGGUCCCUAUAGAAUGAGGGGCAUGCUUGUUUAAUGUUUACAAUCGAAGUUUCUUAGGAUUUCAGGUAUUAUUUUGAACAACCAAGUUUGAACCCACAAGGGUUUUAUACACAAUGCUCUUUUAGAA